AUGAGAAUAUUAUUUGUUCUUCUUACAUCACUCACAGUAUUGUGUCAUGGAUACAGUCUUUUUGACACGAAUAAAAGACCACUUUUAUCGUUUCUCGUUGGUUCGAAACACGUGCCUUCUUGUUUAUUGAGUUGUACGGAAAAUUUGAAACAGGAAUUGAUGAAGUUUGUAUACGGGAAUAUCACGAUGGAUUCUCAUGACGAGAUUUGCAGUGCCUUCAGUGAAGCGAGUUCGUGCGUUGUUGAUUCGAGGGAAUGCGAUGAUUAUCAAAUUGUUUUCCGAAAACUGACGUCUGGAUUCAAAUGGGCUUGCGAGGAUGGUGGAUCGGAUCAGUUCAAGAAUCUGAUACCCUGUAUCCUAAAAGUUGGACAAGAAGCUAGAGAAGAAUAUAAUUGUGCGGAUGUUUGCGAAAUCAACAAUGACACUAUGGUCCCGAUUCCACCAGAUGAUGAUUAUAAUACGAAUAAUGACAAUGUUAUUACCCAUCUCUCGAAUUUUUGCAGGCCGCUCGCUUGCUAUUUGAAUUGUACGAGAGAGCAGCUUAACACAGUUUGCCCGACAUUCGGCUCGAAGCUAAUUCACGUCCCAGCCAGUGCUUUCGAUGAAUUGGUCGAUGAAUACAUUCUGACUACAGUAUCCGAGAAAAAGCAGAUUAUGAAGAAAGUUCCACCAUCGUGUAGAUUAUUCUUCAAAGAACGAGAGGUAACUGCUUUGAGGUUCGAUGAACGAUUUAUCCGCGAUAUGUUCUUUAUGAUGACCUCUAGAAAACAAAGAACUCGAAAUGGUGGCUACACGACAUCGGAAAUUGAUAAAAUUGUCAAAGAUCUGCUAUCGAAAAUGGAAAAUGAGGAGAAGCCUCCGAAAGUGUUAAAAUGGGAUGCGUGGAAGAUUUUGAUUUUAUUUGGGAUUGGCCUAGUAUUCAUACUUAAUAUCGUUGGUCUUGUAUUCACUGUAUAUUGGUGUUUGAAUGAAAAAGAAUUGGCGGGAAACAAUGGAAAUUCGAAUGAUAACGAACUGUCCGCAAAUCAUUUUGUUGAGCCGAAUAUUAGGAUGAAGCUGAAGCUUCCACGAAUGCGGUCAGACGCAAUUGAAGACAGUUCACAAGAGUUUAUGCAGCUCCGAAUUCCACGAAAUGGAAAUCAAUUUGCUCGAGAUGAGCAGCAAACUGUUGUCGUACCACGAUGGAAACGUCGCCGCACAUUUUCAGUGCCGCUCGAGCCGCGUUCGCGUAUAAAUUCAACGGGUUCCGAUAAAUUUCCGGAUAUCGUUAUACUUCGAUCUCAUGAGAACUAA